UCCUUCCUUUCCUCUUCUACCAAUAAAACCCAUGAUUUCAUUACAAAAGGAAAAACUUUAAUCCAAAUUAAAAAUAAUAAUAAUAGACAUUCCCUAUAUAAUUUUCUAAAAUUCACUUCUUGAUAUCAAUUCUUGUCAGAGUCAAUGAAAAUGUUAUUUUGAGCUGACCAGGAGACAGGAGAACGCAAAAUAAAUAGAGAGCGAGAGAUGGAGUUUUGGCCAUUCUUUGGUUUCUGAACUUCUGAAAUGUGACUUUGAGUUCAGUGUAGCACAAGUGAGAUCCUAUGAUACAGUCAAGAAGAAGAAGAAGAAGACAAGCAAAGAAAUGAGCAGCUCAAAAUUCCAGAAAAAAUGGCUUCUUGUCGCUGGAAUCCUUCUUCUGUAAUUGCUAUCUAUCUUAGUCUCCUCCUCCUCUGUUCUAUGACUAGUGCUUUCUCUUCUCUUGAGGUGAAUACAACGACACUUCAGCUUAGAAAGUAUAGGAAGAUAAAAGCUCGUCUAAGAAGGCUUAAUAAGCCUUCAGUGAAAACAAUUCAGAGUCCUGAUGGUGAUAUUAUAGACUGCGUGCCAUCUCAUUUACAGCCAGCAUUUGAUCACCCUCUUCUGCAAGGCCAGAAGCCAUUGGAUCCACCCGAAAGGCCAAGGGAUCAUCACAGGAAUACAAAUUUGAUGGAAGAGAGCUUCCAGUUAUGGAGGAAUACAGGGGAGCUCUGCCCAGAAGAAACAAUUCCAAUUCGAAGAACUACAGAAGAAGAUUUAUUGAGGGCAAGUUCUGUUCUGAAGUUUGGGAGGAAGACAGUUUCCAGAUUCAGGAGAAAUUCAGAGAGCAGUGGACAUGAGCAUGCAGUUGGAUAUGUUUCUGGAGAUCAGUACUAUGGAGCAAAAGCCAGCUUAAAUGUAUGGACUCCAAAGGUUAAAAGCUCUUCAGAAUUCAGCUUAUCUCAAAUCUGGGUGAUCUCCGGAUCAUUCGGAGAAGAUCUCAAUACUAUAGAAGCAGGAUGGCAGGUUAGUCCAGAAUUAUAUGGAGAUGAUUAUCCUAGGUUCUUUACUUACUGGACAACGGAUGCAUACCAAGCUACAGGAUGCUACAAUCUCUUGUGCUCAGGCUUCAUCCAGACUAAUAACAGGAUAGCAAUUGGAGCAGCAAUUCAACCUACAUCAAGUUUUGAUGGGGGCCAAUUUGACAUAAGCAUUCUUGUUUGGAAGGACCCAAAUCAGGGCAACUGGUGGCUGGAAUUUGGCUCAGGCCAGCUUGUUGGCUACUGGCCAUCAGUUCUAUUCAGCCACCUUGCAGAUCAUGCAAGCAUGGUUCAAUUUGGUGGUGAGAUAGUGAACACUCAGCCCUCUGGUUUCCACACUUCAACUGAAAUGGGCAGUGGCCAUUUUGCUCAACAAGGCUUUGGAAGAGCUUCUUACUUCAGAAAUCUACAGAUUGUUGAUUGGGAUAAUAGUCUUAUUCCGGUCGCCGGACUCCGGCUGCUCGCCGACCACCCAAGCUGCUAUGAUAUACAAGGAGGAUUCAGUAGUGUGUGGGGAAAUUAUUUUUACUAUGGCGGACCUGGAAGAAACAUGAGAUGUCCAUGAAGAGUAGUAAUUUUAUUUUACUUAGUUUUUUUUUUCUUCUUUUAGUUGAUUUGGAUUUGAUUAAGUGCUAGAAUUCUUGAGCAAAAAUUUUGAAGAUUUAUUUUAUGUAUAUUUGGAGUAAGGUAUAGUGAAGAGAUGAGUGUGCAUAAAAUUUGCUUUUUGGGUUAUUGUGAGUUUUUCAUGCAGUUUUGAAUGAGGAAGGCAGAAUGCAGGAAUACAAAGGGGGAUUGAUACACA